UCGUCCAUUGUUUUCACUUACUUCAUUAAUUGUUUAGUCUGUGAAAAGUGAAAAAUCACAACAUCCUGCAGCCUAAAGUGACGUCUUCACAUCGCUUGACUCGUUUGACCAACACAUCAACACCCAAAGCAGAUCGUCACGUUUGAGAGGACGGCUCGAAAAAUGACAAAAAUGAUUCAUCGAUUUUGAAAAGCUGGCAAGAGAAGGUAGGAGAGGAUGGAGGAGGAGGCGCAGUGAGGGAAGGAGGCAGUGAGAAAGGGAAGGAGAGGAGGAAGAAGGAAGGAAAGAAGGAAGGGGUUGGACUUUUGUGAGGAAGAAGGCAACCCAGGCUGGAUUGGGAUGGAAGGUGUGAAAGAAGGAAGGAAGCAAGUGAUAGAGGAGGCUUAAAAAGUUGAAGGAAAAAGUAAAAGUGAAGGACUGAUGAGAGAAGGAAGGUAAGGAGGAUGAGAGAGUCAGGAAGAGGAGUUGGUGAGGAAGGGAUGGAAGGAUGGAAGGACUGAGAAGAAGAGGAGGUUAAAUAAAAGAUGUGUGGAGAAGUAGUUAGAGGAGAGAAGGAAGGGGAGGAGAUGAUUUGAGGGUGGGGAAGGAAAGGAGGGCUCUGAGGCUGAAAGGGAAGGAAGGAGAAAAGAAGAAAGGAAAAGAGGAGGUAAAAAACUGAUGGAGCAGUGGUUAGGCAAAGACCGAUGGAGAGGGCGAAGAGAAGGAGGUAGUAAAGAAGGAGGCUGACUCACCGCUGGAACGCCUGAGCGCAGAAGAAGAAGAAGAAGAAGGAGUCUGAGAGAACGAGGGAGUAAAGACAACUGUGACACGGACAGCGAGAAGGAGGGAGGGAGAGGAAGAGGGGGAGUAAAAGAGAAACAAAAUUUAAGGAGGUGAGGAGGACAAGGAGGGGAGAGAGGAGAGAAGACAGCAAGAGGACGUCAGGUUGGGUUGGCGGGGCGACAGGAGGAAAAAGAAAGUGACUGUGGGAAAGAGAGAGAGAGAGAGAGAGAGAGACUACAGCCCAGUGGGGGAACUCGUGGGCAGAUCUGAGGUCAGGCGGGCGCAGGUAGGUUGGCGGUCAGACGGAAGGCUGACUGAGCUUCAGCCGAACAAACUGUCCCGCUAACCCCGCCCCCCAACCACAACAACCGUCCCCUCAGCGUCACCACACUGGGAGAACUGGGAGAACUGGUGACGGGGAGCCACCAUGAGCGACCAGAACGUCGUCAAGGAAGGCUGGGUCCAGAAAAGAGGCGAGUACAUCAAGAACUGGCGACCGCGCUACUUCCUGCUGAAGACGGACGGCUCUUUCAUCGGCUACAAGGACAAACCGCAGGACUCCGACCUGGCCUACCCGCUCAACAACUUCUCUGUAGCAAAAUGUCAGCUGAUGAAGACAGAGCGUCCAAAGCCAAACACCUUCAUCAUCCGCUGUCUGCAGUGGACCACCGUCAUCGAGAGGACUUUUCACGUGGACACUCCUGACGAGAGAGACGAGUGGGCCGAGGCCAUCCAGAUGGUGGCCGAGUCUCUGGCCAAGCAGGAGGAGGAGGGCAUCCUGUGCAGCCCCACCUCCCAGAUCGAGAACGUCAACGAGGAGGAGAUGGACACCUCCAUCAGCCACUACAAACGAAAGACGAUGAAUGACUUCGACUAUCUGAAGCUUCUGGGCAAAGGCACGUUUGGGAAAGUCAUUCUGGUGAGGGAGAAGGCGAGCGGCACCUACUACGCCAUGAAGAUCCUGAAGAAGGAAGUCAUCAUAGCCAAGGAUGAAGUCGCUCACACGCUCACGGAAAGCAGGGUUUUAAAAAACACUCGGCAUCCAUUCCUGACUUCUCUGAAGUACUCGUUCCAGACUAAGGAUCGGCUGUGCUUUGUAAUGGAGUACGUCAACGGCGGAGAGCUGUUUUUCCACUUGUCAAGAGAAAGAGUUUUUUCGGAGGACCGAACUCGUUUCUACGGCGCCGAGAUCGUCUCCGCCCUCGACUACCUGCAUUCUGCCAAGAUCGUCUAUCGCGACCUGAAGCUGGAGAACCUCAUGUUGGACAAAGACGGCCACAUUAAGAUCACCGACUUUGGCCUCUGCAAAGAAGGCAUCACAGACACUGCCACCAUGAAGACCUUCUGUGGAACACCUGAGUACCUGGCUCCUGAGGUGCUGGAGGACAACGACUACGGUCGGGCGGUGGACUGGUGGGGUUUGGGCGUGGUGACGUACGAGAUGAUGUGCGGCCGCCUGCCGUUCUACAACCAGGACCACGAGAAGCUGUUCGAGCUCAUCCUCAUGGAGGAGAUCAAGUUCCCGCGAACCCUGUCGGCUGACGCCAAGUCGCUGCUGUCGGGGCUGCUCAUCAAGGACCCCAACAAGCGGCUGGGCGGCGGACCGGAUGACGCUAAGGAGAUCAUGCGGCACAGUUUCUUUGGCACAGUCGACUGGCAGGACGUCUACGACAAGAAGCUGGUCCCGCCCUUCCAGCCCCAGGUCACCUCGGAGACGGACACGCGUUACUUUGACGAGGAGUUCACAGCACAGACCAUCACCAUCACCCCGCCGGAGAAAUAUGACGAGGACGGGAUGGACGCGGCGGACAACGAGCGAAGGCCUCAUUUCCCACAGUUCUCCUACUCAGCCAGCGGGCGGGAGUGAGCGUCCGGCCCAGCCAGCCAGUAUCGUCCCCAUUCGUGGCCAUUUUGAGGAAAACACGUAGCCAUUUUAGGAAGAAAAAAAAUACCAGUCUCCCCUCUUUUUCUCCUUCUCUGCCUCCUCACAGACGGGGAGAAGUCUUUUUAGGGACUUUAAAAGAGGUUUUUGCACAGUGGGAUGGACUCCAGCCGGUCUCCCCACACUAAAAAAAAAAAAAAGUCUCCUACAUUUUCAGCGCUAUUUACUGCAGAAGGCAAUGUUUUUGUUAUUUAUUUUUUCUCUCCGUCAGUAUUAAGUUGUCAACCCGGGUUGCGUUCAUCUUUUUUUUUUUUUUUUUGUACGUUUGUCCUUUCUGCCCUUUUAUCUUCUUCUUUUGACUUUUUGCACUUGGUUUGGACGAGCCGUUUUAGGGAACAAAAACCAAAAAUGUUGCCUUACGUGUGCAGAUGUUUCGUACCAUACCGACAGGGUGUUACUUUGGGAGAGGGCGGGCGGGUUUCCGGGGGCGUGAAGGGUCAUUCUUAGUCGAGAAUAAGUGCAUGGCUCGUGGUUCACUCAAAAGAAAAAAAAAAGAAAAAGUACAAAAAAAGAUUUCUUUCUCGUACAUUUGCCAUGGCGGCGCACAUUCCCCAAUCCCAUGGCGGUGAAGACGACUGUCCACAGGUCGACAAAAACAGACAAAAAAAGGAGGGAUGAGAAUGGACGAGUCUGUAUCAUUCCGUUCAUCGUUGCAGUGUAACUACUUUGCUCUUUUUCAACCCGUGUGUGUGUUUUUUCUCGCGCUUUACUUCCGAGUCGUUCUUUUAUUUUGAAACAGGAAACA